GUGGGAGGGCCGCGCCUCUCGCUUCCCUCUCCAAGGUGGAACUCGCAGCGCGCGCGUUUCCUCGGCCCCGCGUCUGCAGGAGGGAGCCGCGCGCGCGCACGCAUUGGUCGCUCCUCGACUCACGCCCCCCCCCUGUCUGUCUCUCUGCUCCCCCAGACUCCCCUCUGCUGCAGGAGACUCUCCUCGGGUCCCCUAGACUCUGUCUCCUUCUUUCCGUGUCUCGCGACUCCUUCCUGUUCCCCGCUCCUCUUUCUCGCUCUCUUCUUCCUCUGAGCUCUCCUCGGCUCACGCACCCCCCCACCCUUCUCUCCUCCUUCUCCGCCGCGCUGCAGUGGAGGGGGAGGCGCUGAGCCUGAAGCUUGGGGUUUCCUACCGGAGGAGAGAGAGCUAAGAGAGAGAGAAAGUCGGUUACAGAACUCAGCGCGCAAAGACCAAAACGUACACACACAAAGCCAAAGAUCCUCCGUGUAGCGUUUAACGGACUCUUGCAGCAAGUGUCGUUCGAGAGCACCUAUUACAUACACACACCCACAUACACACACCCACAUACACAUACACACAUUGCGCGCGUGCACAUACUCUGACAACGUGUACAUUACACUCCAACCCUACAAGCCUGCGCAUCUGAAUCCGGGCUUCCACUACACUCAUACCGAGCUCACCCCUACACACCAACCCGCCACAGCACACUCACGCCGCUACCCUCGACCCCCUUGCACCCCUACCCCUCCACACGCCAACACCCCCGACACACUCGUCCUCUCGCGGACGCGAUGGGUGCUACCGGCGCGACGCUGGGGACUCUGCUGGUGGCAAUCGCGGUUCUGCUGGAGCCCGUGGAGCCCCUGGAGCCCGCGCAGGCGGCAGCAGCAGCAGGACGAGAGGGCCACGCGUACGCGAGGCAGCCGCUGGGCCGUGGCACGAUUCGCAAGAGGUUGGUGCCGGGUCCGCCCGGCUCCGCGCGCCUCGUGUCUCUGGCGCGGGACGAGGUGGUGGUGCUGGGAGCCGGGGACACGCGGCACAGCGGGGUGAACGCGUGCGAGGGGGGGCGGUGCUGCCCGGGAUGGACGACGGGACCCGACUCCCAGCGCUGCUCCGUGCCUCUGUGCCACCCCCCGUGCCUCAACGGGGGCAUCUGCAUACGACCGCAGGUGUGCGUGUGCCAGCCCGGGUCCCGUGGCCGCAGCUGCCAGGAGCUCACCUCUCCACCCCCCGCAGCGCCGGCCAUACCCCUUCCUCCGGCAGCGGCCCUGCCAUUGCCCCUGGCCGUGCCCUUCGCCCAGGCUGGGAUGCCCUCGCUACCCCCGGCUGCCCUCGUCGCGCCGCCGCGGGGUCCCAAACGAUCGGCGGAGCGCGCCGUGGGUCCCCCCGACUCCCACGAGGCGCCGGGGUCCGCGCCGGGCGUGUCGCUGCUGCGGGAGGGGACGGCGAUGGUGGUGAUGGGCACGCCGGGGCUGCCCUCGCCGCAUGCCCCGCCGCCCCAGGACCUGCCCUCCCUGCGGGACCUGCCCUCGUCACCCGAGGAGGUGCAAGAGCUGCUGCGCACGGCGCCGGAACGCGUGGCGCAGAUGCUGGCGGGGUCCCUGGGCGAGGCGGCGCGACGCCUGGGGGGGCCUCCAGGAGGAGCUGGGGCCCCGGGCAGUCCGGGGACGCCUGAUUGGGCCAUGCUGAGCGCCGUGGAGGAGGCGGCGCAGAAGAUCCUGAGCCCCUUGGGGGGCACGGCGCACAUGACCGUGCGCAUACAGAGGCAGCCGGCGCUGGUGAUGUCCAACCAGGUGCGGACGGUACCCCACGGGGUUCUGCCCCCUCCCCAAUCUCGGGGCACCGAGAUGCGCCUCUCCGCGGCGGGGGGGUCCCCCCACAUGAUCAGCACGGGGAGCCAGCACUUCAUCAUCGGUGGCGAGGGCAGGGCUGAAGCAGCGGUCGCAGCAGCAGCCGCGGCGGGAGGCGGGGGAGCGGCGAACGGCACGGGGGGGCGCAUCAGGGUGGUGCUCGCCCCCACGGUGUGUCGCGCCGUGUGCUCGGCCCGCACUGGGUGCCGGAACGCGUGCGAGCGCGGGAACGCGACCACCCUGGUGAGCGAGACCGGACGCGGCGUGGACACCCUCACCGGGGCGGGGUUCACAGUGGUGGUUUGCCCCAUUCCCUGCCGCAAUGGAGGCACGUGCUCCGCGGGGGGCCGCUGUAAGUGUUCCUCGGAGUUCACGGGGAAGUUCUGCCAGAUGCCGGUGUCUCCUGGAGCCCCAUCUGAGAGGGACCAUCAGAGGACUUCCAGCCAGGGAGCCCUGAGAGUGGUGCUCCACCCGAGCGAAGCGGUGAGUGUGGACGCUCGCGAGUCGCGGCCUCGCUACCACAUCCUGCCCGUGGUGCAACAGUAUCACCAUCAGCAGCAGCAGCAGCAGCAUCAUCAACAGCAGCAGUAUCACCAUCAGCAGCACCAGCAGCAGCAGCAUCAUCAACAGCAGCAGCAGUAUCACCAUCAUCAGCAGCGGUCCCAGUCCGUGCCCAUGGUGCCGGGAGCGAGGCUGAUCGGACGCGUGAGCAUGAACCGGGUGAGCGGACUCCACGGGGUCCAGCGUCACGGGGCCCAGCAGCAAGGGUCCCUCGGUCGAUGCUUCCAGGACGUGGGGGCCAAGUGCACGGAGCCCCUGCCCGGGCUGAGCCGGCAGGAGGAUUGCUGCGCGACCCUGGGCACCGCGUGGGGGAUCAGCAUGUGCUCCAAGUGCCCCCCAAUACCAGAGACCCCCCGCAGCGGCCCCGCCCCCGCGCCCGGACAGGCCCCUGCGCCAAGCCCCGCCCGCACCCGAGCGCAGCUGAGCUGUCCCAGGGGAUUCAAGCUGGACACGCAGGGGAAGUGCCGAGACGUGAACGAGUGCCAGGCGGCGGGCCUGUGCCCACACGCGCACUGCUCCAACACGCAGGGCAGCUACCGGUGCGAGUGCGAGCCCGGGUACCUGGCCGACUCCUCGCGCACCAGAUGCCUGCAAGUGGCAGAACAGAGAGGCAGCUGCUACCGCGCAGUGACGGCGGGCCGCUGCGUGGGGCUGCUCGCGCUGCCCAUCCCGCGCCACAUCUGCUGCUGCACCAUCGGCCAGGCGUGGGGGCCCUCGUGCGAACGCUGCCCCCCACCCGGCACAGCCGCCUUCAAGCAGAUCUGCCCGGCCGGAACGGGGUAUUACUUCCCCGUGACGGGGGUGCGGAUGCGGCCGGAGACCCCUGCCCGGCCCCCCAUGGCCCCCGUGGCCCCCGUGGCCCCCGUGGCCCCUGCCGCUGUUCCCCGCGUCCCCGUCAGGGAGCCGCCCCCCUCUGUGCGCCUCUCGCCCAUCGUCACUCCGCCACCACGACAGGGCGGUGACGGCAGCAGGGCCGAGGAGAUGGACGGCCACAGCCCAGUGCUCGCGGUGCGCCCGCUACCGCCUACGCCGGUGGUGGCCGUGGAGCCGGAGGUCGUGACGGUGGCGGCACAGGUCAUCGGGGUCACGCAGGUCACAGACGUGGACGUGUGUGCGGUGAGCCCCGGGGUGUGCGGGGAGGGGCGCUGCGUGCCUCAGCCUGGAGGCCACACCUGCCAGUGCCACGCAGGCCACCAGCUCAAUGCGCGCACGGGCACCUGCACAGAUGUGGACGAGUGCGCGAUGGAGCCGAGGCCGUGUCAGGGCGGUCGCUGCGUCAAUUCUCCGGGCAGCUUCGUGUGUCACUGCCGCCCCGGGUUCACUCUGGACGUGACCAAUUGUCGUGACGUGGACGAGUGCGAGUCGUCCCCGUGCGGGCCGGGCAGUCGCUGCGUGAACUCGGAGGGCUCCUUCGCGUGCCGCUGCCUCCCCGGCUUCGCGGCCCCCCCGGGCGGCGGCGGCGCCCGCAGCAUGACGUGCGAAGACGUGGACGAGUGCCUAAGGCCCGGACUCUGCCGCGGCGGCCGCUGCGUGAACCUCCCCGGCUCCCACCGCUGCGAGUUCUGCGACCCGGGAUUCCAGAUGAACACGGAGUGGGAGUGCGAAGACGUGGACGAGUGUCAGGACGUGAGUGUGUGCCCGGACGCUCGCUGCCUCAACACGAACGGGGCCUACGAGUGUGCGGCGUGCGGCCCGGGAUACCGCGCUCAGCUCGGGUCCUGCACCGACGAGGACGAGUGUGCGGUUGGCCGCGUGUGCGGUGACACGGGAUUCUGCACCAACACGGACGGCGCCUUCUCCUGCACCGCGUGCCGCGCCGGCUUCGAGCCCGACGUCAGUGGCACCGCCUGUCAGGAUGUGGACGAGUGUGUGGGCGAGGACGUGUGUGACGGCGGCACCUGCGUCAACGUCCCCGGCUCCUUCUCGUGCCGCUGCCUCCCCGGCUUCCAGCCCUCGGCGCGUGGCGACGCGUGUCACGACGUGGACGAGUGCGAGAUGGCGCCGUGCGGACCGUUCGGGACGUGUGCCAACAGCGCCGGCUCAUUCAGCUGCAGCUGCGGUGACAGCUUCAUCCUGGGGCCCGAUGGCAGCUGCCAUGACGUGGACGAGUGUGAGGACGCGGAGCCGUGUGAGGGUGGACGCUGCGUCAACACGGAGGGCUCCUUCUCCUGCGAGUGCCAGGCCGGCUUCCGUGCCGGCGUCCCGGCCCAACACCUGUACCUGGACGAGUGUGUGGAGUACGGGGAGGCGGCAUGCGGGUCCUGGCAGUGCGAGAACACGCCCGGCUCCUACCGCUGCAUGCAGGACUGUCCGCCCGGAUUCACGCGGGAUGGCGCCAGCAGCUGUGAGGACAUUGACGAAUGCCGCGGGAACUCGUCUGCAUGCGGGAGCCACGGAGCGUGCGAGAACAGCGCCGGAUCCUUCCGCUGCCUGUGCCACCGCGGGUACCAGGCGACCCCGGAUGGGCGUACCUGCGUCGACGCUAAUGAGUGCGAGACGCUGUCGCGCGUGUGCGGAGAGGCGCUGUGCGAGAAUGUGGAGGGCUCCUUCCUCUGCGUGUGCCCCCACGAGGAGCACGAGUUCCAGCCCAUGACUGGGAUGUGCGCACCGCGCGCCCGCGCAGAAGUGUCCGCGGCGCACGGGGAGUGGGCGGGAGCUCACGGCCAGAGGCCGCCGCCGCCGCCGCCACCAGCGGCACCAGCGGCAGCUGCAGCAUCGAUGCCAUCGGGCGGCGCUCAGGGCGACGGCGACAGAGCCGCGUGCUUCUACAGCCCCGGGCAGGAAGGGGGCGCGGGGGGCCCGGAGGACGGGGAGGAGGGAGAGGACGCCGGGGAGGAGGAGGGGUGCGGGGCCCCCCUGGGCGCGAACGUGACGCGCCAGGUCUGCUGCUGCACGGUCGGCACCUCGUGGGGCAGCUGCGACGGGCAGCGCUGCCCGCACUUCGGCUCAGCCGAGUUCCGGGAGAUGUGUCCCAAGGGGAGGGGCUACAUCCCCACGGGGGACUCCGUGUACAGCGCGGGGAGGGGGCGCUACAGAGACGCGGACGAGUGCGAGCUGUUCGGCGCCGAGAUCUGCCAGCAGAGCUUCUGCAUCAACACGGAGCCCGGCUACCAGUGCUUCUGCCGCGCGGGGUUCGACUACGACCCCAUGAAGAUGCAGUGCUUCGAUGUGGAUGAGUGUAUGGACGGCUCGAGCUGCGUGGGGGGGGAGUGCGUGAACACCCCAGGCUCCUACAACUGCUUUUGUCGCCCCCCGCAAGUCCUCGACGCCACCGGCCGCCGCUGCGGAAACAGCUCCACCCCGGACGAUGUGCCGGAGGAGAUGGACAUCCACAUGGACCUGUGCUGGAAGCGCGUGAGCAGCGACUUCAUGUGCAGCAGCCCCAUCGUGGGCAAACAGACGACCUACACGGAGUGCUGCUGCCUCUACGGGGAGGCGUGGGGCCACGAGUGUGCCCUCUGCCCCAUGCGCACGUCCGCUGACUAUGCCCAGCUGUGUAAUCUGCCCCGCGCGGGUGAUGGGGGCCCGGGGAGGACCCUCCACGAGGGCUCUCACUACGGGGAGGAUAUGCACGGCCCCCCCUACCUGGAGCCGGGGUUCGCGUACCCAGGGGGGCCCGAGCCCCACCCCGGGAUGCUGCCCCUCUACAUCACGGACGGAGACGGCUACUACGGCGAGGGUUCGGAGGGACUGCAGGGGGAGGAAUGCGGCAUCCUGAGCGGCUGUGAGAAUGGGCGCUGCGUGCGCGUGCGUGAGGGGUUCACGUGCGAGUGCGACCCGGGCUUCCAGCUGGACAACUCGCGCAUGCAGUGCCUGGACGUAGACGAGUGCGAGGAGUCCAACCCGGGUGGCCCUCUCUGCUCCAAUGGCCACUGCACGAACACGGAGGGCUCCUUCAGGUGCAGCUGCCCCCAGGGCACGGCCCUGGGCCCCGACGGGCGCGUGUGCGAGCCUCACCGGGCCCCCAGGGCUCCCAGGGCUCCAAAACCCUCCAGGGCCCCAAAACCCUCCAAAGCUCCCAAACCGUCCAGGGCUCAGCUGCGUUCCCACCGCGCCCGCAGGGCCCCCUAGCCGCUCCCUCCUGCUUCCCUUGCUCCCCCCUCCCGCUACCACCACCACCACUAAUAAUGUUAUUGUUGUUGUGACUGCUGCCUCUCUGGCGUGUGAGUGUGUAUAUGGUCUCGCGUGAUCCGUCCCCGUGGCCUCCUCUCCCUGGGGGGAGGGGGUCCCAUGGCCGCGGUGGCUGUGUUUGGUGCCGAGUCGGGCCGGGCUUGGGGUGCUUGUGUGUGGGGCAGGUGGUGGCGACUCGGGGUGGGAGAUGUGGGGAUAAGAAUGACGACGGGAAGAUCUGGGAGAAAGGUAGGGGGCCUGGAAGAGACGGGGCGGGUGGGAAUAUCUCUCACAACACAGAUGUAGGCCUCGUCAUCUGCGACACGUGUCACUAGAGGUCACUAGAGGUCACGGGGUCGCCCCACACCGACCGCCCGCGGUGCCUCACUCAUAUGCAACGCGCGAAGCCACGGUGGAGCAGAGAGAGCGGGGGGGGGGGGGGGGGCAGUGAGCGAUGUGUGAUGUGCGUGCAGGAUAUAGAAUGGGCAAAGGCGCUACCCAGCAAUUGCUGGCUCACGCAACUGUUGGCCGAAGGGGCGUCCACUCCAGGCCACUCCCUCGAGAGGGCUAUUUGGCCUACCCUUCCAAGCUAACCAGACGUCUGGAACGAGGCGGAAUUACCCACGCUCUGCCCCAGCACACGCACGCGAACCUGCCAACCGACUGUGUGACCCAUGUCUAUCACCGCUGGGUGGACCGCGGCGUUGCUGUAUAAACCUCGAUUGGGCCACAGCUGAUGAGCGGUGUCGGAAGCCUGGCCACUAUUAUGAAAUUAUAAUAAUUAUCAAUGGGGAUCAUAAUAAUAGGCUGCAUCUCAUAACGCUGUUAUUUGCCGCUUAGUUUACAUAAUUUAAGUCUCACUCGCAGCGGAGCCCCUGAGCAGCAGAGCCCCCUCCCCACGCCACCCCCCUUUUAUGUUUAUAUUGUUCAUAUUAAAACGACAGACGAAUAAUCAGACUUUUUAAGUAAAAACUAUAUAUUGUUCCCUGCGCCCCUCCGCAGUUUUGCUUUCUGAGAGAGAUGUCCGGUUUCCCCAACCCCCUACCGCCCCCAUCUAAACCCCGACUCCCUCCCCGCUAAAUCCCCGGCAUACGGCCCUGACCCCGGGGGCCCCCGUGGGAACUCGCGAGCGAAGAGGUGGGGACCGCGGUGCCCGCGUGAACUAGCGAUGCGUGGUUCUGGUGCUACAGCCACCGCGUGGAGCCACUCGAACGUGAGAGCGGGUUGCUGCUGCGGCUGCGUUCAGAAAUGGUGCUCAAGCUCAGACUUGAAACUCAAACCUCGCGCCCCCCCCCCCCCGCCGCACCCCUCCCAGCACCGCUGCCUCGUGCCCAGCCAGGGUCUGAAUUCGGCCGGGUCUGUUCAGGUUCGGCGACAAGGGAAAUUGUUUUAUGGUUGUGCCGUGGAGUGAAACGUCGGACAUCGUGCCGAAAAACACGCGGUCCAACCCCAAAAGCGCAAACUGAAAGAUGUGCUGCACAACCGACGAAAACCCACGCACGAGCGUGGCCAGGUUAAUUUUUAAUUGCCACACCACUUCCAGUAUAUACCUUGGUUGUGGCCACUAGCCACUGGCGCCUACGACUCUAGUCUAACAGCGACCCUGAAAAUGUUCAGUGAGAUAUCACCCCAGCCCCCCCCCCCCCCUCUUAGAACAUUAGAAAAUAAAACAAAUCCCACUUAUUUAUCCAGAAGACGGCUCGCUGAGCCUCAAGAUUAACGUCUGAAGGCGGGUGCUGCUACAUUUGGAUGUUUGGCGAUGAAUGCCACGUAGCACCGGGGGCAACCACCCUUGGCUGUGCUGCCAUCUGGCCACCUCGCAGCCCAAGCCCUGGACACGUGGUGGUACCCCAUAGGCAGCCUCCUCUCGCCCAAACACCGAGCAGUCGCAAGACCCGCGAUUACCUUCCGAGAUCCGACCGGGCGCGGGCCAGAGGUUGAAUAGUUUGGCCGUGGGACGGUUGCCCUGUGGAGGCCGAGGUAGGACCGCUGCCCGAAACCUCCACGUGGUGUCGUAUUUGCUGCUGGGUGCGAGGCGGCGGGGUGCCGCGUGGUGGCCGUGGUGGGUGCUGUUGGGUGCUGUUGAUUCGUGGGGUGAUUGUCUCCCGGCCGGGAAGAGCACCCCAAUGCCUCGGGUGGACGGGGCGCCCGGGAGCGAGGAGUCUGAGCGUCUCCGCUUGACGGAUGAAGCGCGAUUCGCGUGGUGGUGAUGAUAAAUGGUUUGGUGUUGUUGUUUUUUAAUAUGAAAUGUACAGUUCAUUUACACGAUGCAGUGAAUAUCUCCGUAAAGAUAAAAGUUUGUUUUGUA